AUGGCGCCGUCGGUCCUGUCGACGACGCUCUCGCUCGUCGGCCUCCAAGUCGCCUCGCGCCUCUUUUCGUUCGCCCUCAAUCAGGCCCUCUUGCGGUCCACCACCCCGCAGGCGUUCGGCCUCGCCACCAUCCAGCUCGAUACGCUCCUCAACACGGUCCUCUUCCUCCUGCGAGAGGGCAUCCGUGGCGCCGUCGUCCGCACCCGCUCGGCCGCCUCGCCCGCCGAGGCCACCCUUCAGCGCCAGUCCCUCCUCAUCCCAACCCUCCUCAGCCCUCUCGCCAUCGCCGCUUUCGCCCUCUACCACCGCUACGUCUCGCCCUCGCCCAUUCCGGCGCAGUACACGCCCGUCCUCGCCCUGUACCUCCUCUCGGCCGUCCUCGAGCUCGUCGCCGAGCCCCUGUACCUGCGCACGCUCCAGUCGUGGCAGACCCUGACGACCCGCCGGGUGCGCGUCGAGGGCGCAGCCGUACUCGUCAAGGCCGUCGCGACGCUCGCGGCUGUGCGCGCCGUCAGCGACGACGAUGCGCUCCUCGCGUUCGGCGUCGGGCAGGUCGCGUACUCGGCGACCAUCUGGGCCGGCCUCGCCUGGGUCACGGCGUCGUCGCCUCGGUCAGCGUCGUCGUCGUCAUCAUCGUCUGAGCCGGUCGACGUGCUCAAAAGCCGAGAAGGCGUCGCCGCUCGACCCACGAGCGUCCUCCAGCUCGAGCGCGUCGACGGGCACCUGUUCGACCCGGGCCUGACGACGCUCGGGUGGGCCCUCACCAAGCAGAGCGUCGUCAAGCAGCUCCUCACCGAGGCCGACAAGCUCGCCGUCGGCAAGUUCGGGUCCGCGGCCGACAUGGGCGGGUACGCCGUCGCGCUCAACUAUGGCUCGCUCCUCGCGCGCGUUCUGUUCCAGCCGCUCGAAGAGUCGUCGCGCUUGUACUUCUCGACCCUCUCGGCGCCGUCGCCGACCUCGUCGAGCCGCACCACGCCGACGGCGGACAACACCGACACGUCGAGCAAGGUCGUCGGCGACGCCACGGCGCCGCAGUACUCGACGUUCGACCUCCCGCCGCCGCCCGACACGCUCGCGGCCGUCGCCUCGCACCUUCGCCUCCUCCUCCUCUUCUACACCCACCUCUCCCUCAUCUUUACCUGCCUCGCCCCGUCCUUCACUACCCCGCUCCUGCACCUGCUUCUCGGCGCCCGCUGGUCCCACACGUCGGCCGCGCCGCUCCUGCGCGCCUACGCCCUCUCGCUCCCGUUCCUCGCCCUCAACGGCCUCACCGAGGCCUUCUUCCAGGCCGUCGCGCCCCCGAGGUGGAUCGCGCGCGGUAGCGCGUGGAUGGUCGCCUGCGCGGCGGCGUUUGCCGGCACCGUGUGGGCGCUCAUGGGCCGCGAGAGCAAGGGCGGCUGGGGCGCCGAGGGCCUCAUCGUCGCCAACUGCGUCAACCUCGCCAUGCGCACCACCCUCUCGACCACGUUCAUCGUGCGGUACUUUGCCGAGGCGCGGCGGGCGCACGGCGGCGGCGGUCGCGGGACACAGGCGGCGCGAGGUGCGGACGAGGCGGCGAGGACGCUCGAGGUCGCGAAGUGGGUGCCGCGGUGGGCGACCGUGGGCGCGUUUGUCGCCGGCGCGUGGGUCGUCAGGCGGAGCGAGACGAGGUGGGAGGCGGCGCCGCUGCGCAAGGGCGGCCGCGGUGGGCUGAGGAGCACGGUCGAGCAUCUCGCUGUCGGCGGUGCGGUCGGGCUCGGGUGCUUGGCGGUCAUCAUCAUCUCGCACCGCACAGAGAUCCGGGCGCAGCUCGCCGCACGACGAGCGGGUCGGGCCAAGAAGGCGCAAUGAGGGCGUCCUCGUCGAGUUGUCCUGUGCAACGCAGCCGAGUGCGCCAGGUU